CACACCUCAUUAGCACACAUAUGGAAAAGGAGGGAGGGAGAACGAGAGAGACGGGAUUCUUCUUCCCUCACCCUGCCAGCGUUCCUCAUAUUCCUGAUGCAGCAGAAGAGAGAGUGUGUAUGUGUGUGUGUGUGUGCGCACUGAAGGAGGAGCAGCAGAAGAGUGUGUGUGUGUGUGUGUGUGUGUGUGCUGAUAGAGGAGCAGUGAAGCACAGUCGGAUGCCAGCGUCACGCUCAGAUCUGACAGACGAGCACACACACACACACACACACAGAAGCCGACCGCAUCUGCAUUCACAGGACAGAGAGAGAGAAACACACACACACACACACACACACACAGACACGCCGCUGAGGAGAACACCUGCAGAUCUGAGGCUGUAACACAACAGUCUGUGUGUUUUGAUCUCCUGCGCUUGCUGUAGGUUUGAUGAGCGUCUGCAGCCUCCAGCAGCGCUCCUGCACGGAUUACAGCUGAGGACACGGAGGAGCUGUGAAGAGACGAGCCGGACCACUGGAUAAACAGCGGAGGAACCGUGUGUUGGCUGACACUGCUGAUGUGGAUUACAGCCUGAUCUGCUCCGGUCGAGCACACACACACACACACACACACACAUCAUGAUCUUCAGCUGGUGUGUGUGCGUCUCAGAACAGGCACUGAACGCUGAAGGUGUGUGUCUGGCUGUAGGACACAAGCUAGCGUGCAGCGGUGUUAUGGAGCAGUGAGUGUGUGCGCUCAGCAUGGUGCCGCCGCCGGCCGCCAGUAAGCCGCACGUGUUCCUGUCGGCCGCCGUCAUCAUGGGCAGUAUGGCGCUGCUGGAUGUGUGUCUGGUGCAGCAGAGCCGCGGGCCGCGCCGCAUCGGGAUCGGCCUGAUGGUGAGCGUGGGCGAGCUCUGCUUCCUCAUCGUGCUGCGAUACGUGGCCGUGUGGGUCGGCGCUGAGGUCAGGACGGCUAAACGCGGAUACGCCAUGAUACUGUGGUUCCUCUACAUCUUCGUGCUGGAGAUUAAGGUGUACUUCAUCUACCAGAACUACAAGGCUGACCGGAAGAGUCUGGACGCUCUGGCCCGGAAGGCGCUGACGCUGCUGCUGUCCGUCUGCGUGCCGCUGCUGUUCCUGGUCCUGGUGGCCGUCGACCACAUGCAGUACGUCACGGCGUUCCGCAAGAAGGAGGAGAUCCGGAACCGGCUGUUCUGGGUGGUGGUGGACCUGCUGGAUGUGCUGGACAUCCAGGCCAACCUGUGGGAGCCGCAGAAGAAGGGUCUGCCGCUGUGGGCGGAGGGUCUGAUGUUCUUCUACUGCUACAUUCUGCUGCUGGUGCUGCCCUGCGUGUGUCUGAGCGAGAUCAGCAUGCAGGGCAUCAAUAUCAGCCCGCAGAAGAUGCUGCUGUACCCCAUCCUGAGCCUGGCCUCCAUUAACGUGGUCACGCUGUUCAUCCGCGGGGGGAACAUGCUGCUCUACAGGGACGGCCGCGUCUCCGGAAUCCUCAUGGCCAAGAACAUGCUGGCCAUCGUCCUGAAGACCUGCAGCUUCGUGCAGUACCGCAGACAGCUCCAGAGCGCCCCCGCUGGCCUCACGCUGCAACUACAGAAGAACUGUGUGCAGACUGCUCGAAGCGCACACACACCGGCGCAGGAGCACACGCCACUGCCCGAGCUUACCGCCUGCCAACAUACGUGACACACGGACACACAGAGAACACACAGAGAACACACACAUGAAGACUCUGACAGAGGAAUGUGCACGUCUGCUACAAUUGGGUUAGCUUCAGUAUUUCCUCCGCGCACACACACACACACACACACACACACACACGCACACACACACACACACACACACACACACACACACACACACUGCACACUGCUCCACUUUCUGAAUACUCUACAUCUUCUGAAAAUGAAGGUAAUCUGGGUCCAGCUCAUUAAUACACCACCUUACCUCAAGCAGGAGUUCAAAACACGUGUGUGUGUGUGUGUGUGUGUGUGUGUGUGUGUGUGCGCGAGUGUGUGUGUGUGUGUGUGUGUGUGUGUUAUGAGGAGACUGUGUUGAUGCGUCUCGUGGGGAGUUUGUUAGUGAAUCUCCCACACAUGAUCUGAUCUGUCCCGCACACUCAGAGUUUCCUCAUUUAUUAAACUCAUUCACAGUUCGGGUCAUAAGUGGAGUCUAAACUGUCUAAAGAGGAGGACGGUGUUUUUAUGUGAUGCUCUGAUGAAGAACUGUGUGUGUAUUUGUACAGUAUAGAUGUGUGUGAUGGUUAUGUUGUGUGUUUGUUACAGCAUGUUUGGCUCAGGUCAGACACACAGAUGUACUGUUGACAGUGGGGAUGGAGUAUAUCUCAUGCCCUGACUGCAGUUCUGAUUAGGGCUUUCAAAUAAACAUGUCACAUGAGGAAAUGUCCUGUACAUUAGUCUGCUCUUCUUCAUCUGCCGUCCACAGUACUCUCUUUUCUCCAACACCAUUGAUCUGGAAGUGCUCUGUUAACUUGUUUCCAGAAUGAAGCUGGAGCUCGUGUCGUGUUUGAUUGUUGAAGAUGAUGAUUUGAUGUUGCUGAUGGAUCAACUGUGAAUACUGCACUGCUGUGGAAAUAGCCCAGCUAGUGUUGGGAUGGAGGAAGCCUGCCUCUGCUCGCUGUGUAACGGGAAAGCAGAAUGGUGAAAACUGAAGCGAACACUGAUGAAGAUGAAGUCCAUGAGGAGAGCAACAUGAUCCUGCACAGCAUCUUAAAGUCUACAUGAUACAGUGAUUAGACUUUGAUAAUAGGGUGUUGCUGAGGAGUGUGUUCGGUUCAUUGACUUCACGUUGACCUUCUGCAUUGAUUUCAUUGAUAAAGGUUAGGUGUUGGCUGUUUU